AUGUCGCUCCUUCUAGAUACGUCAACAAGUUUUACUGCUACUCCUUCCGUCAGUUUCUUGCUGGGCCUAGAACCUAUUGCGUCUAGCUCUUUGGGCAUUAAAAACCCUUCCGCUACAGAUUCACAAGCAGCGGCUCAAUCCGUCAAUGCCACUUUGCCAGGCUCUUCAUUAUCAAAUUCAGCAUCACAUUCUAGUUCUGCCCCUAUUAGCAACGCGUCAGAAACAUCCCCAAGUGCUAGUGAAGUUUCUAGCGGUUCAAGCCGCGUCACCUUGAGUUCUACUGUGUUGAUCCUGAUGCUUACUUGUCUAUUAUCUGUUGCGGGAGAGUUCAACCUUCCCGAUCCAGAUGAAGCUGCGGACGAGAACGAUAGGCCCAGGCCACAGAGAAGAAGGGGUGCUAGGGCCGUGAACGAUUCCAUGAUAGAGGUAGUCCAAGCCAUUGGCCCGCAAUUAACUACUGAUCAAAUAAGGUAUAGCUUGGAAAGAACCGGAUCAGUAGAGGCGACUGUGGAGGAAUAUAUGGCGAACGGAGCUUUACCGUCGCCUCCUGGGGAACCCUCUAGUGUCGCUCCUCAAGAAGCAGACAUCCAACGACUGAAAUCCAGUGACUCUCAGACAUUGCUUGAGAAGUACGACGUGAGUGGCCGAGAUGAGAUACUAAACGAAGACGAACCCGAUGUUACAGGAACUUGGGGCAAGGAUAAGAAAGAGAGGUUGAACAUUUUACAAAAGAGGAAGGAGAACAUGAUUAUUCGUGCAAGGCAGAGGAUGAAAGAAUCUUUGAGCAAUGAUGUUGUCUCAGAUGGUCUUACUAUUGGAAAGAAAUGA